GAGGUUGAAAGUCGUUUAUAUAAAAAAAAAAAACAAAGGAAGGAGAACAAAUAAGCGUAUGUAAAAAGUGACUGAAUAAAACUGCUGAUCGAUCGAUCCUCAUAGUAUCUGGUGCAGAAAAUAAUUCAAAGCGGCCGUGAAAGAUUUUUGAUCUUGGCUAUAUGGAAAGACGAAAGAAAAAAAAAACGAAAAUGAGUUUUAUUUUAAUUAUUAAUAAUAUAGAAGGAAAAAAGGAAAAAUGAGCUUCGAAGAAAUGUUACCUCGAGAAAUACAAAAGAUUGGGAUUCUGAAAUAAACCUUAGAUGUGGGUAUCGAGUGGCAUUAAUGGUUCUUUUGAUAAGUUGAAAGACAUCUGAGUUGUACGAGGGUGUCUUUAUCGAAAAAAUAUUGUAUAUAAGGGAGAUAUUCCAGACCUAAGAUCAUCAGUUUCCGAUAGAAAGCAUAAGGAGAAUUAUUACAUUAUGAAGAUCAACAUUUUCAUCUUAUAUAUGAUCCUACGAGGUCUUUUGGCUCAAGAAAAAAAUCUUAAUUUUUCUUUUGAUCGAUCAAAAAGAGAUUUAUCAAAAUCAAGAGCUCUCAUUGAUUACGACGAUUUUCCAGAAAAUCCAAAUUCAUUGUACUAUAAACAAAUGUAUCUCUCUGGUGGAUUGAACGAAGUAAAACGAAGAAACAUAUUAUACUCUCAAAGCUUCUGCCCUUGUGAAAGCCAAUACGAGAUAAAGGAUUUAGGUGAAGGACAUUAUCCUAGACAUUUAACAGUAUCUCAUUGCAAACCUAAAACAUGUCAGGAUAAAUUUAAUUCAUGUAAAUUAUUAAAAUAUAUGGUACACAUUUUAAGUCAACGAGAUGCAAACAAUUUGACGGAAGAUGAGAAUAGUUACAUGGACGAAAAUGCACCACUUCCUGAAUCGCUUCGUCAUAAAUGGCAAUUGAAACCGAUGUACAUUGCGGUUGCUUGCGUGCCCGAAACAGAAGGAAGAAGGAAUUAAGAGAAAAAAGAAAAGAAAAAAAAAAAAGAAAUUUAACAAUCUAUGUGAAGUGAAAAAGAAAAAGAAAAAAAUAAAAUAAAAGUAAUAGAUGUAAUAAUAAUAGCAUAUUAUUAUGAUGUAACAACGCAUUUAUAUGUGUGCGUACGUGUGUACGUGUUGUGUGUGUCUGUGCAUAUACAUACAUAUAGAGUGUUCUAUUUUAAUUUAACAUUGUUAAUGACAUUAAGAAAUAAUUAUAUAAAUCUAUGAAUUUAAAUU